AUGAGCACCGCUGCAUUGUGUCCAUUUAUCUCCUUCUCCACCGACGCCUUUUCCAUCUUAAUUUCGCUGGCCUCGAAACUUGAAGUUUAUUCAGAUUUAAGAGGCCUAGAAAUGGGAUUUGAAAUGAACAUUAGGGUCUUUACUAGUGCAAUACUAGGUCUUGUCUAUUUUGCAUCAGCAAAUGCACAAGCUGUUGUAGCUCCAACACCGACUCCGGCCCCUGCACCGGCACCAGAAUAUGUCAAUCUGACUGACUUACUCUCUGUUGCUGGCCCGUUCCACACUUUCCUUGGCUAUCUUCAAUCCACCAAACUCAUUGAAACUUUUCAAAGCCAAGCCAAUAACACUGAUGAAGGAAUUACUCUUUUCGUGCCGAAAGACGAGGCCUUUGCCUCUCUAAAGAAGCCCUCUAUUUCUAACCUCACGCAGGACCAACUCAAAUCUCUCUGUCUUUUCCAUGCUUUGCCACAUUACUACAAACUGGCUGAUUUCACGAACCUCAGCCAACGAAGCCCAAUUCCAACUUUCGCCGGUGGACAAUACAGUUUGAAUUUCACCGAUACCUCUGGGACAGUGCACGUUGAUUCAGGAUGGACUAAAACAAAGGUUAUUAGUGCAGUUCGUGCUACUGAUCCGGUCGCAGUUUAUGAGACCGAUAAAGUUCUACUCCCAGAGGCAAUCUUUGGCACUGAUAUACCACCAUCCCCAGCUCCAGCUCCGGCCCCAGUCCCAGAUACUGCUCCUGCAGCAGACUCUCCAUCUGAAAAAGGGGGAAGCGGAUCAUCGUUGCCAAAUUCAUCACCUUCGUCUUCUCACAGAGUUUUGAAUUCUGAUAAAUUGAGCCAGUUGGCGUUGGCUUUUGUGGGUGGAAUGCUCAUGUUCUUGUGA